AUGUUUUUGGGCGCAAGAAAAGCACUUGCACCACGGCGCAGUGUUGUCUUGCAGGUGUCCCUUUGCCUUAUCCUUCUCUUCGCCUUGGAUGCAACCCGCGUCGAUGCGCACAUCACCGGUGCCGUAUCUUGGCAAACUGCCAGUGGCGGUGGUUUGAGAAGCAAAGGUUUCUCCACACCGUGUUUUUCCAAGGAUGGGAGAGUGUCGGGCUUUGUGGAGAUUACCUCGGGCACGGACACUUUACGGCUGCGAAACGUCGAUGGAACAAUUAAGGCGGAGGUCACAGAGAGCUCGCUGCUGGAGUGUAGGGAGCCCACGGGUGUUUUCUUGUUCAAUAAUGGCCCAAAAGUUUUCAUCUUCUGUGGCGGAAAAGCAAUGUUUUUAAUGGUGAUCUUGGGCGGGAUUCUUGAUCCCCUUCGCGUGGUGGAGGUUAAAACCGGCUCCGCCUUUUUGAUGUCUUCGAACUUUCCUCCAACCCCGUUGUUGCUUGUCCGCGGCGAAACGGCGGAGCAACGAACAGACGCCGUGCUUGCGGUGUCGAACAAUAAUGAGGGGAGCUGCAUUGGUCACUACACUCCUGAUAAUAAUUUUGUCCUGUGCAAUCGCGACCCCAUUAUGGACUUCUACUUCCCAGCAUGGGUGCCCAGUACCGAUGCGAGACCUGAUCCAGACCGAUACCUAAUCACCGAAAGGAUGUCAGACUCAGGCCUAAGACUCGACAGUUACUACCUUCCAAAGUUUACAUCUGAUAGCACACCCAACGCGACGACGAAGCUGGAAUUUGUUCCCAAGGAAGCAGUCUUACACUCCAACCUGAAUGAUGCCAGCGACUCCAAUCCCCUCAUCGCAUACGUGCAGGCAACCAACGCCGACAACUUGAAGUUGGCCCUCAUCGUCGUUAACCCACUUACUUUGGAGAAGGUAAAAGUUGGAUCCAUCACACCCCGCGUCUCCUUGAAGGAACCUUCCAUGCUGAUGCAGGUGUACAUGGUACUAAGUGACGGUAAAACUUACUUGAUAGUCCAAACAUCUUCAUUGUUAUUAAAGUUGGAUUACAAUUCAUUGCCCGAUGUGGAUCGCCCAGUGUGGGCGGUGGAGGCUUCAACGUCAGCGGGUUUACUUUUCAUGCCUUUGCGGGACUUGAACGAAUGGAAUACGGAAUGGCAUCGUCAAAUGUUGUCACCAUCUUUUACCGAUUAUAGUCCAUAUCAUCUUAUUAAGGCAACCGAGUUUCAAUCCAUUGUGUCUGGUAAAAAUGUCUCUGUAUUCAGUGUUUCAACUGGAAAGUCCACCAUAAGCUUCAACCCUCUGUGGACUGAAUCCGCAUUCUGCGACAGGAAUGAUCGUAUGGCUGCCUUCACGGCCUUUGAUGGAUCUCUGGCAUACUUGGGGUGUGAGGGCAGUGGGCACUACAGCUUGGUUGAUCUUUCCUCUCACAAGGCAUACUACCCUAUCGCAUGGCCAACCAUGAGUGUAUUCGGGACUGCGCCAUUUGGGUAUGGCAUUGAUCAACAUUCUGUAGUGCUAUCCAAUGGAACUAGGUCUGUGGGUAUCGAUUUGAAACCGUUGUUGCUUUAUAGUGAAUCUGUUUUGACGCCACAACGAGCACCCCCGGCUGGCGCGUAUCACCGAGGUCAAUUUUCUCUCGUAACAGCCGACGCCAAAUCUCCUGGCGAGAUGCGCUUCUAUUUUUACGUCUAUGAUACGACUGGAACUACUGCGGGUGGACACGACCCCCUUCCCCCUACUGCUGGACCAGUGACCCUUUCGAGUAAUGUGACUUUGGCUCAACCUUUUACGGCAUUUUUUGGUGACGGAAAGCGUUACGUUGCCGUCUCAGCAACUCCAGGCCUUCUCUCCAUCUUUGCAGCACGUGAUGGUGCACAUGUGGCCGACUUGAACCUCACUGAUUGUGCUCCAGAUGGACCAGGUCGGACGUCUGACGUGGUACAGUUUAUGAAAACCGUACAACAUCUAGGAAGUCAAGAUAAUUAUUACGUUGUGCUUGGUGGGACAGGGUCGUGUCUGUUUGAGGUGAAUGAUAGUCUGGUGCCUCGCAUUAACAGCCUUCAGGGGGCUCAAGAAGGUGUUCUGGUUGGAACAACAACGUAUAGUGGGUAUUACUUUGAGCCUAAGCCCAGAAGAUUGCAGGCCUUUACAAGCUUUUUUAUGGCCACGCCUAUUCCGGUCUAUAAAGAAGACGGCAUUGAUGCUUAUGUUGUGGGGUCAAAUGUAUUUGUGUAUGUGAAGGCGAAUAUGAUUACCUGCCGGAGCGUUCGAAGUGAUAUUACAGUUUGGUCACAGGCACUUCCUGAGAAGUUUCAAGCACCGGUUGUGCAUAUGGCGUACUACAACAACACGGUAUUUGUGGUAGAUCAGCGUAAUGUUUUCCGUUUCGACGUUCAGUAUAAUGAAGCUGGUGCUACCGCUUCGCGGGUGCUUCUUCAGGUCUCUCUGAUUGACACAAUGGAGGCUGUGCUUGCGGCUGAAGUGAAUCAAGGUACGGUUGUCCUCUAUUCAAGUUCAACACUCUACGCCUAUGACGCUGCAACCGGCGCACCACUCUGGAAAACCAAGCCGCGGACAACACAGGUGCCGAGCAACGCGAACGUAGAAAUCGUUAUUUACUCUCCAGAAGACGCAGGUGGCAGUAAAGGUAAGGUCACUGGUCCUGCAUACGUUGAGGUCCGCGUAAAUGUUGAAGCGCGAGGACCUGGAUCACAACUUACCAUGGUGGAUGUAUACUCGCUGGACAACGGAGAUGUGUUAACAAGUGUGUCGGAUGCGCCCAAUGAUCUCACUGGUCCUGUCAUUUGGGGUAACAAGUAUGUUACGUUUUCAACGCUGACUAAAGGGUUGGUGAGCUUUCGUGCUCUUAACCUUUUGGAGGUGAAUAUUCCAGAGCAAGUCAAACGCCAUGUGGAUUCUACUACGGAUGUGUAUGUGCCAGGAGAACCACCAAUUGAACCACCACCACCGCAUUUACCGCGUGGUGAUACUUUGAUGGCAGCUGCCCCUCCAAUGACGUUCUCCGUAAGCGGUGAUGCUGCGCUGAUUUCAGAUGAUCGGACACGAGGGGUUGUAGGAACGAGUGGACGCAAGAACGCCGGGUACGAGUACAAUGUGCGUUGCUUCCAUGUGAGUGAUCCACAAGGCACUCCGAUACGUGCGUGGGCAUUUCCUUCAACUUCGGUUCCGCUGCAUGUCAAAUUUAUGGAAUUUAACGCAAAUAACUUCGCCAUUUUUGCACCUAACCGAGUUCAGUUCUACUCAUGGUCCACUUGUGAGGAGGUUGGGGCAUCCAUUCAGCUAACUGGGGUUGUGGACGGUUUACCAUCCUAUGUCAGCCUUGGGGCCCAGGAUCAGUGGCUCUACCUUAACGGCGAUCAAGUAACCGCCUUGCAACCCUCUACAGGGAAGGAACUGUGGCAGACGGGUGUAAAGAGAUGCCUUUCUAUUCGACGCCAGGGUGGCUAUAUCAUUUGCGAUAGUGGCUCGAAUUUGGCAGUGCUAAACGCCGAUUCAGGUGCCCUUUUGUUUGAAGAUGCAAUGGAAGGUGGUGUCGCAACUGCAGGAGCGAACUUUGCCGGUGUGGUGCGUGGCUCACGUGGAUAUGAGGCCGCAUACUACUCAAAGUCGGAAAAAGUGUUUCAUUCUCCGCUUUCUCUGCCAGGAAGUGCUGGCGGUGUGUUGGGAGCAAUUCCCGGAGCAUCCGAUAAAAAUGUUGUGGUGUUUUUUGAGAAGCUGGCAGCCUCGGUAACGUUUGACCCCGCCGCGAAGACGGCGUCACUGGUGUGGAUCAAUGACCUCAACGGUGAGCAUGCACGACCUGGCGCGGCUGUUUACACCGGGGCCGGGAGGAGCAAUAUUGUUCUUGGGACCACAAAUGGUCUGGUGAUGCUUGAUGCCAAGACAGGAAAGGGAUUCGUGAAUAUCUCUUUGCCGAUGCGCUACAAGGAGGAUGUUAAUGAGGUGCAAACGUUAAAAAUGGUGACGGUGAGGGACAACACACUCUACGGCUUCUCAUGGAACGGAUAUGCAGUUUUGGUUCGCGUAGGCCCAGAUACUGCGGACGCAUUCUUCGCCUUUUGGAUUUGGUCUGCUGCGUGCUUCACAGGUUUCCUUCUCCAAUAA